GGAAACGCGGCCUAGUCCGCCGCCGCCGCUACCGCCGCCAGCCGGGCCCGGCCGCCGGGGGAGGAGGCGGGGUUGCCAUGGCGACGGGAGCUGGUUGAACGUGGCAUCUGUGGACGACUGUAGAGAAUUCCGAUCUGCCUCUCCUCGACAGGUAUGGCUGUGACUGCAAGCAAAAGCCAGCAAGGACUUCACUGGAGUGUUACCCGUUGUGUCCCUGCCCAAACAGAACAGUCUCUCUUUCUCUCAAUCAAAAGGCAACCCUCAGAUCAGUGACUCGUGCUGAGACACGGGAAGUGGGAUUCUCCAAGGCCAGGUGGACUAGAUUUGGAUGGAUGAAUUUGGAGUGGCAGGACCCUACACGGUCCAGAAUCCAGCACCUCACAGCAUCCUCCUGGCCUUCACAAGAUGCGUAUCACUUUCUGCCAAGCUGUGCUCGCAGUUGCCAUAGCAUUUAACCUGCUAGUUCUUUAUUACAUCUCAAGGUUACAGCAGCACGUGCUGCACCGCCACAGGGACCACGCACAGCCUAGCUCCCGUCAACCGGUUAGUCCCCUGAGGCCUGGGGUGACCAUUCUCAUUAGGGAGUUUGAAGACUUUGAAAACUACGUUCCCGAUGUGGUGCGGUCUUUCACGAAGCAGGAACCAGAGCUGCCCGUUGUGGUGGCGGCAGACCACUUGCCGUACCCUCCCAUGAUGCUUCCUCCCGCCCCCAAUGUUCAGGUGAUCCUUCUCAAGCCAGCUGCCGACCAGCCUGCCCAUGUAUUUAGGCCCGAGACGUAUGUGAGAACAGAGCAUGUCGCCCUGGUGCCCGACGGGGUGAAGGCAGAUGCAACAUCCCAGCUGGAGCGGAUGCUGGAAGAGUUCAAGGCCAGCCCAAGCAAGGUUGCGAUGGUUGCCGCUCCCGUACACUCAAUGGCUCCCCUCCAGUGCCUGAACCUCCAGGUCAGCCUUAAAAAAUGGACUGCCGAGUACAUAGCGGCGCCUCCUUCCUCCAAGCUGUGCACAGCCUUGAAGGGGAAGGCUGUUCUCCUUUUCCGCACCAAGGACCUCUUCAACCUCUCCAUGCCCUUGGCCAAGCCUUUGCUGACUUCCAUCUUCAUCCAGACCUCCCUGCGAGGGUGGGCCGUCCGCAUCCUUGACAUCUCUUUCUCAGUGGUCCAUCAGCCUCUGCUCACCUCCUCCCACAACCAGUGGAAGGCCGACAACCUUGCCAGAUCCAACCGGCUGCAGCUCUUCCGAGAUUUUGGAAUCAAGCGGGUAAUCCUGGAGGAUGGAAAGGAGCAGUGGUUUGGGUGCAGCAAGGAGACGCCGCGGUGUUUCGGAACCAUCCAUGACGACACCCCGGAAUACCUCUACCAAAACCGCUGGACCCCGCCUUGCUGCCUCAAAGCAUUGAGGGAAACCGCCAAAUAUGUCAUCAACAUCUUGGAGACAUCAGGGGUGCGAUACUGGCUGGAAGGGGGGACGCUCCUUGGGGCAGCCCGUUACCAUGACAUUAUCCCGUGGGAUUAUGAUAUCGAUCUAGGCAUCUACUUGGAAGACAUCCCCAACUGCGAGCUGCUCAGGAAUGCCGAGUCUGGCUCCAUUGUUGACGAGAAGGGCUUUGUCUGGGAGAAAGCCAUUGAGGGGGACUUCUACCGAGUGCAGUACAGCGAACACAAUCACUUGCACGUUGACCUGUGGCCCUUCUAUCCCAAGAACGGUUUGAUGACCAAGGAUACUUGGAUGGACCACCGCCAGGAUAUUGAGUUCCCCGAACACUUCUUGAAGCCUCUCGUCCCCAUCCAGUUUGCUGGCUUCCCUGCUCUAGUGCCCAACGAUUACCGAGGCUUCCUGGAACUGAAGUUUGGAGAAGGGGUAAUCGAAAACCCUGAAUAUCCAAAUCCAGCAUUGAAGAAAAUGGAUAAGGAAAACUGAAUGGGAUAUUUUGGUUGUCUGGGUCUUAAGAGGAGAGGCUUUUGAGGAUCUCGGAGCUAAUAUUUCCUCUUUCUUGAACACUAAUCACAUGUAAACCGUGGUGUAGUCAGGUGUUUAUACCUGCCGGUUGCCAACAGCAAAACUUCUGUAUGGAGUGAGAUAUUUGCAACACUGAAUUAUUUCAAGGUCAGAGCACUGAAUGUACACAAAGUCAUUUGCCUUGUUGGAUCAGGCCAAAAGUUCACAUAGUCUGGUGUCCUGUUUCCAAAGAUGCCUCCAGGAAGCUCUCAAGAAGGGCCUGAAGAUAACACCGCCCUCCCCUGUUAUUUUCUCCCAAAGGUGAACUGCCUCUGCACACGACAGACACAUUUGAAAGGGUAAAAUUAGGAAGGAUGGUUGUUGCAACAAGCUGCAGUUUAAUGUAUGAGGGUUUGCUGUGGCGGCCGUGGAAAACAUUUGAUGGCGACAGCAGAUUGUUUUAGAAAGAGUCACACAGCAAAGCAAAGAAAAACAGCCGCAGGACUGUAAGACGCAUUCCUCAGUUAUUUUGUGCCCCUCUCCUUUAGGAUUUAGUGCGUGCACACACAUACACACAGGGCUUUUUUUCUGGUAAAAGAGGUGGUGGAAUUCAGUGGGCUGCCAGCACAGGGGGCAACUCUUGGCGGGAGGUAGUGCCCCUGGUACCACAUGCGUGUGCGCAAAGUGCACACACGCUCCCAGGACUGUACAAUGACAUCACUUUGGGUCAGCUGGAACAAAGGGGGAGUUUUUAAAAGUUUAAAUCGCUCUCAGAGAAAAAGGUCACAUGGCUGGUGGCCCC